AUGUCCCUGUCACACGCGUGGGCACGGCGGGAGGGGGUGGAGAUCAAGGUGCGGAGCCAGGGGGCCGCGCCCCCCGCGCCCCCCACCCCGCCGGGCCCCCCGGAGCGCGGCGCCCCCCACGCUGCCGGACCCCGGCGAGGAGCCCGGCUCCGCGGGACCCCCCGGAGGAGGCGCCGGGCCGGGGGGGCCGCCGCCCGCGGGGCCACGACCCCCGGCCCGGGGCGGCCCCGGGACAAGCAGCUGGAGCUGGACAUCGCCAUCGACCUGACGGCGGGGCUGGAUCCCCUCCCGGGCGGCGCGGGGGCGGCCGUGCCCCCCACCAGCCUCCUGCGGGGCCCCCCCGGCCGCCCCCGGCUCCUGCCCGGCCUCUCGGAGCUGGCCGGGAGACUCAGCGCCGCCGGGUUCCUGUUCCCCACGGGGCCCCCCACGAUCGGCGCCGAGGGGGGCAACGCGUCCCUGGAGCUGGACGAGGCGGGGAGCGGCGCCGAGCCAGCGCUGUCCCCCGGCCGCCAGCCCUCCCGGGGGGCCGCGCCGCCCCCCGCCGCCGCCUCCGCCUGCACCCCGGGAUCCGCCUGCGGCGCGGGGGGGCCGAGCCCGGCGGGGCCUCCCCGCGCCCCCCCUCUCGUGGCCGCCCCACUUCCUGCCGCUGGGCACGCCCUGGCCCGAGGCGGCGGCGCUGUGGGGCGCGGCCUGGCCCGGGCACGUCUAUGGGGCGGGGGGGCGGCCUUCGCGCUGCUGGGGGCGCUGGGGGCGCUGCUGCUGCUGGGGGGCGCCGCCCGGGGCUGGCCCGGCUGCUGGGGGCGCUGCUGGCCCUGGCCGCCUUCGCGCGCGCCUUCCCGCUCUUCUUCGACCCCUACGAGCUGGGGGCGCCUGCCGCCCGCCGCGGCCCGGGCGCUGUUCGAGCUGCCCUUCCCGUGCCUGGGCUGGGGGCUGCUGGCGGGGCGCCUGGCCGAGCUGGCCAUGGGGGGCGCUGGCCGCGCUCGCCUUCGCCGCCCCCCGGGCGGCCGCGCCCCCUCCGGCGGCCCCGCCGAGCCCCCCGAGGGCGGCGGCGGGCGGGGAACGGGCGAGGAGGCGGGGGCGCCCCCCGAGUCCCCCCUGGACGCGGACGGGGACCCCACGGCCGGGUACCGGCCCCCGUCCCCCAUCGACCUGCGCCGCUCCAUCGACGAGGCCCUGGGAGCGCCCGGAAUGUUCCGCGCCGGGAACGGCGGCAUCGGGGGCACCGGGAGCACCAGGAUCGGCCUCAUCGGUAACGCCGCGGGCGCCGGGAACACCGGCGUCGGUGUCACGGGCAGCACCGGGAACGGUGGGAAAGCCAAGAGCAACGGGGUCAGCGUGCUCGGGAGCACCGAGAUCAGCGUCAUCAGCGCCGCCGGCAGCGCCCGCAGCGCCGCCAGCACCGCGAGCACCGGCACCAGCAGCACCGCCCUACCGGGGGGCGGCAGCACCGGGAGCACCGGCACCAGCAGCACCGCCCUACCGGGGGGCGGCAGUACCGGCACCACCGGCACCAGCAGCACCGCCCUACCGGGGGGCGGCAGUACGCACCACCGGCACCAGCAGCACGCCUACCGGCGGCAGUACCGGCACCACGGGCACCGGCAGACCGGCCCGCCGGGGGGCGGCAGCGCCGGGAGCACCGGCACCAGCAGCAGCACCGCCCUACCGGGGGGCGGCAGCGCCGCCAUGCCCGGGCUGGGCACCGGGAGCGCCAGCGGCACGGCCGGGGCUGCGGCAGCGGGCGGCACCGGCACCGCGGGGGCGGGCACGGAUGGAGCGGCUGGCACGGCGGGAACGCCUGACACAAGCGGAAAACGUGGCACAGCUGGCGCAGCUGGCACAGCUGGCACAGCCACCAUACCUGUCACAGCCAGCAAACCUGGCACACCUGGCACAGCUGGCACAGCCGGCACAGCCGGCGGGACAGAGCGUGGCACCCCCGGCACUGCCAGGGACAGCAAAACCGCGACCCCGGGAAUUGGCGCCGCCGGCACCUCAGGGACGGGGACACCGGGCACCGCCAGCACCAGCAGCGCCACCGGCGCCCCCAGCGGCACAGCUGGAACCCCUGGCACGCCUGGCACGCAGGGCCCUGCAGCGCCUGGCACAGCCGGCCCGUCAGACCCCAGCUCCUCUGCUGGGACACGGGGCCCUGGCGCUCCUGGCACCCCCGGUACCCGCGGUGCCCCCGGUGCCCCCGGCGCCGGCAGCUCCGCCCCCCGCGGCCCCCCCACCGCCCCCCGCCCCUCCGGGCUGUCCCGCGCCGCCUCCUGCGGGGGCCCCGGCCGGGGGGGGAUCCCCGCGCUGCCCCCCGGCCCGGGGGCGCCGAGCCCCGGGACCCCGCGCAGGGCCCCCCCGGCGGCGGCGCCCCCGCUGCGGCCGUCGCAGAGCUGGGCUGAGGGGAGCCCCCGGGCCGGGCCCGAGAGCCCCGAGACCCCCGCGGGCGGCGGCGGCCGCAGCCCCGGCAGCGACACCAUUGACUUGUAG